GUACUCUCCCACCCCCCCGGGUGUGUGGUGUGUCUCUUCAGAGCGGAAAACUAGAACUGGAGCCCUGGAUCCCGGGCGGCGAGGGGGGGGUUAUAUUACAUUAAAAAUGAACCUGAUAUUUUCUAAGACAACUUUUCAGACUUCGCACAGUUAAUCGACCGGUUCCCACUGAAGAGCAGAAGUUGAUUUUGUCACUCGGAGAAGUACAAGAGGAAUGCUCGGGAAAGAAAACUCCCGGUCAUACCAAGAGGUAGGACAACAUGACAACGUCCUCUUCACCUCGUUCAACGAUGAUGACGAUGAUGAGAAAGGUGACGCGCAGUCUCCGGGCUUUUUUGUCGGUGCCGCUGAACAUCUGGAGCGCGAAGAGCCGACCGGCAGCAUCUCACAAGAGGAUGACAUCAAGGGAAGCGGCCCGUCGAUGCGAGUCAGUAAAACCUGCCUGAAGAACGUCUUCACCGUGGUGCUCAUCUUCAUCUACCUGCUGCUGACUGCGGUGGCAGGUUUCCUGGCCUACCAGACUAUCACAGACUUUUUGGAGAAACUCCACAACCCUGUCAUGUCUGUCACUUACAAAGAGGUCGACUCAUUCCCUCCCCCAGGGAUCGCUCUGUACCCUGGCAAUGCUAAGCUGCUGAGCUGCAGGCAUUACUACCAUGACUACAUCCCACCUCUGGUGGACCCAGGCAAGCCUCAAGAAGGAGACUGUGAGAUUAAUGAAGUGACUUACUUUGGGCCAUUUGCCAAUGAAACAGAGAAAAGGGCUCUGGUGGUCCGUGGCCCGUCGGAUGUCCGAAACAAAGAGUUGAUCUUCAUGCAGUUCAGUCAGAACGAAACAGAAGAGGACUUCAGUGCCAUCACUUACAUGCUUUUCGCCAAGUUUAGUGAUUUGACUGACAGUCCAAAUAAGUCAACGUUUAUGAGGGACUGUGAGAGGAAUUACUCCAUGUGGACUUUCUCUGGAGGGUUCAGAACGUGGGUCAAGAUGUCUUUCGUGAGGACGUCCGGGAAAAGAAAUGAAACUGUCGAGUUUCGCCAAGAGUCCGCUGUGGUGAAAUUCAACGACAAAAGACCUGAAUCAGAGAGAACCAAUCAGCUCUUUUUUGCUGUCUUUGAAUGGCGGGAUCCUUUCAUGCAGGAAAUCAAACUGAUAGUGACUGCAAAUCCCUGGAGCUCUCUAGCCAUCCUCUGCGGGGUCUUCAUGGCUCUCUUCAAGGCUGCUAACUUUGCCAAGCUCACCAUUCAGUGGACAAUCAGAAUGCGUAAGAGGCAUCUGCGGAAUAAAGCACGGGAACUGAACCAAGUAACCGAUAACUGAACGAAUGACGCAAUCUGACAAGAUCCAAAUUAUCUACGAGUUUUAUUUCCAUUGUAUUCCUUUUCUGAGGCCACUACUUACACAGAUUUAUAGUCGCUGCUCAGGUCUAUCAACACUAAAGAAAGUUUAUCCAUAACGUAACAGUGAGACGUUCUAACUGUGUAUUACUGCUAGAUCAGUCAUUUCCUAUAAAUGGUCAGUUUUGAAAGUAUUCAGUGAGUUUUUAGUCGAUGCGUUUCAAAAGCAGAGGUAUUUCAUAAAUAUUUUCUGAAAUAUUCCUGGAAAUGCAGGUUUGUAUGCAUGCAAAGGGAAAUGUUGCUCAACGCUGAAAGUGUUUGCUUUGGCUUGAGAGCUUUUUAAAGGAUAUUUAAAGCUAUGUCUGUUUCCGGUGAAAAAGUGAGAAGAAAAUGUGAACUGGUCAAAAUGUUGCUGGAUUUUUAACUGGUCCUCGUGUUUUUCUUAAGGGAAUGUUGUCAUGUACUUUAUGUUUGUGUUCUGCUUUCUUUCAAGAAACUAGCACAUUCAUGUCACAAAGCGUUAUGAUUAUAUUCAUAACUCUAAAGGAAUUUCCAUGAGCUGUUUUUCUUCCAUCAGAAUGAUCUGCUGUUUGUUUUUGUUGUGUUUAAGCUAAAUCUGCCUUGACCAAACUCAACAAAGUUGUUGUUUUUAUUUGAUUUUAACAUAAUGUACAAAUGUAUGAGUGUGUUCAUUUUUAAUUUUUUUUUACUUGAAUUCAUGUCUCACCUGUGGCAUUGAUCAAUACUGCAUCCCACAUCCCAUGUUUUUAGAAAUUUGGGAAAUUUGAAAAAAAUAAUUUUAGGCCUGAAUUUGAAUUGUGACCAUCAACAGACAAAACAUUUUUAUCAACAUUAUGAGCCUUUUUUUUUUUCAACCGACAUGCAACCA